AUGCUAAUCUCGAGCCGACCGCCCAGACUUCUGUUUGCCAUCACGUUUAUCGCGUUGAGCGUCUUUCUCCUGCUGAACGCUCAUAUAUGGCGCGAUAGCAAUUGGGUCUUGACGCCUGCCGCAAUAUUCACUACCCCAGCGACAAAUACUUCGAUCAUCCCAGAGAAAAUAUGGUACAAGCUCGGGCCAAAAGGGUUGAACAAUGAGUCUCAUGAGUGGAUUGAGGGUUGCCGGCAACAGAAUCCUAGCUACCAAGUCGAAUUCCUGACGGAUGUCUCUGGGGACGUAUAUGUGCAAGAGCACUUCUCUGAAUACCCCGACAUUGUUAGCACCUACCUUGCGCUUAGCGUGCCUAUACUCAAAGCCGACUUUUUACGCUACCUCAUUUUAUUCGCGGAUGGAGGGAUAUGGAGCGAUCUCGACGUCUCAUGCGAAGGAAUUCCCAUCCGCGAGUGGAUACCCGAACAGUACAGAAAAGACGCUAGUAUCGUAGUAGGGUGGGAGUUUGACGUCGGGUGGUGGGAUAAUUUUGAACGACAAUUCGCGACUUGGACGAUUAUGGCAAAACCAGGCUCGCCUCAUAUGUGGAAGGUUAUCCGCGACAUUGUGGAGGGACUACAUAAAAAGGCAGAGGAAAACAUGGUCGCGCUUAAAGGUCUCACCAUGGAAAUGGCUGGUGAAGUCGUGGAUCUUACUGGGCCCAGGAGAAUGACACGCAGUGUGUUUAAGAGCUUGAAUCUUGAUUACAGUAACAUCACUGGACUGCAGGGUCCUAUGUUGAUCAAAGAUCUUGUGCUCAUGCCUGGCUAUUCGUUUGCUAAUUCAACAAACACUUAUCCGGAGGAUCAGAUCAUAGGUCCAUUACUGGUGACGCAUCAUUACGCUGGGACUUGGAAGAACAAGGACGGUGGAGAGCAGGCCUGA